CUGUACCAGUUGUGGCCGGAGAGGGCACACGUCUGGUCGGUGCUGGAGGAAUUCAUCUGGGAAUCAUGAGGGCAGGCAGAAUACUCAUCGGUCACCCCAGGCCGGUGGUAGCUGGUCCCAUGCAGGAAAAUGAGGUACCGGAGGUUCCUCCACCCCCUCUGGACAUCGAGGGGUCCCCGGCGUACAAGAUACGAGCUAUUCUGGACUCGAGACGCCGGGUGAGGGGCUUGCAGUACCUCGUCGACUGGGAGGGGUACGGUCCGGAGGAGAGGUGCUGGGUUCCGGCGAGGGAUAUUCUAGACCCAUCCAUGUUGAGUGAAUUCCAUCGCCUCCGUCCGGAUCGCCCAGCGCCUCGGCCUCCGGGUCGUCCCCGAGGCCGACGUCGGCGCGCUGCGGGAGCUGCGCGUCAGGAGGGGGGUACUGUCAUGAAUAUUACCGAAGGUGACUCCCCUUCUUGUUCGGGUGGCGCUCGGCGGUCGUCGUCGCCGGUCUACUAGCUAUCGCCGAUCCGUUCUGUGUUCGUUUAGUUUUGUCUAAUUGGUAGCACCUGUUUCUAGUUUGGUUGUUAGGAUAGGGUAUAUAUAGUCUGUUUAGCCCGCUUCUGUUUCGUGCGGGCUUGUUCGUCUGUUAUGUUGGUUGAGUGCAUUUUGUUGCUUUUUGGGUUUCACGC